UGAAAAGUCGACGUGGGGAAGAAAGGUUGGUCCGUGUUCGAGACCCGCGACACAGCAGCGGCGCGUCCAAUCCAGGUCAGCGGUGUGUCCCGUGGAACCGGUCCGCCUGCCCCCCCUCCCCUCGGUGAUGGACGCGCGGAGCCGGGCCGUAUAAAUGGGACCGGGAGCCGACGACGGGCUGUAAUGCUGCGCCGGGUGCGGCAGUCUCUCCGGCAGGUGCUGUUUCUGAUGGCCCGGAGACCGGAUCUCCUCUGCGGGGCUAUCGUGCUCAGCGUCCUGCUCGUCCUGGCUCUCAUGCUCACGUGCAGCCGUGCUAAGAAUGUGGUGGCAGCAGCUCGGCCUCCGGUGCGGUUCUUCUCUGCCGAGGCCCCGAUCAUCGACCUGUACUUGGGUCAGCUGGACCAGGUGGAGCGUCUGAGGAGUGUGGCGGAGGUGUCGCUCAUCUUCUUCUAUGCACCGUGGUGCGCUCACUCCAUGGCUGCCCGACAGGAAGUGCAGCAGGUUGCUAAGAAGCUGGCCAAACAGGUGCAGUUUGUGGCCGUUAACUGUUGGUACAGUCAGGGGAAAUGCAGGAGGCAAAACCGCCUCUACCACUAUCCCAUCAUCCAUCUGUUUUAUAGAAGGUUUGGACCCAUCGAGUACAAAGGUCCGUUCGUUGCUCUGUAUGUGGAGAGUUUCAUCCUCCGAGUCAUCACGCCGCUCACUUACCUCCCAUCCAGAGCCACACUUGAAGAGUUCCUCUCCAACCACGAGCCUCGUGUGGUGGGUUUCUUCCAGUUUAACUCGUCUCCUCAGCCGCCAGGGUACAUCACGUAUUUGUCCUCGGCGCUGCAGGCUCUCAAACGGGAUUUCCGCGGAGUCGUGCGUUUCGGGGUCGUGACAAACAAACAGGUGGCCGAGGCCAUCUCCCUAAAAGAAGAUGAAAGUGUUUAUCUCCACAGGAUAUUAAACUCCUCUUUGAUUUUCCCUCGACUGGAACGUAACUUCACGUCCGAGGCCAUCUGCAGCUGGGUGUUUGAACACUAUCAGACCGUCCUCAAGUGGCUGCAGCCGCCGGGAACUAAGUCCCGCCUCUUGGAGCAGGAGCUGACUAAAGGUCCGGCGCUGCUGCUGUUCCUGCCGUACAAUCCACUCGGCUCCAAACCCGAUCCCAUCCUGCACCAGAUUGCCGACAUUGCUGUGCGAUACCAUUCCUGUGAGAAUAACGACCACUCCGGCUCGGACGGAAGAUCCCACCUGCUGUGCUGCCAGUCGGUUCUGCUCCCAGAGUCCAGGACAAGUGUGUGCGAGGUGUGUCUCCGCUCGUCAGGACAGAGUCGGAGCAGCUCUUCCGUACGCUGCUCGUUCCCCUCCACAGCUCGGGGGGGGGACGUGUUGCAGCCUCAUCUCCGACACUGCUGCCUCCACCGACUUCCUGCUCCCGUGUCCACGGAGUCUGCCUCCUCGUUGGACUGUAGCAACUUUCUGAGCAGCUACAGCCCGUUCAGUCAAUACAGUGCCUGCUGCAGACCAGUAGAACCUCAACUCAAUGAGUCACAAGCCAAAGAGGGGCCGGACAUGCAAAGACUCACGCCCCCUCCUCUGUCCGUCCCUCCGUCGUCCGUCACUCAGCAGAGAGGAGACGGCAUCACGGGGCUCCGGUGUCAGACCAACAGGACGCUCAGGUUUUAUCUGCUGGACGUUGCUCUGAACUGGCCUCUGGCCGUGAGGCUCGGAGCCACAGGCAACAGAACGGCUGCUCUUCACCAGGAGGCUGGUAACCCAGGUGAUGGGAGCAGCCACCGGUCGUUCGCAGCUAUCGUGAACCUGAAGGACGAGGUUCACUACGUUCUCCAUCGCAGCCCAGCAGCCACACUCACAGAGUCUCUGGAGGCCUUCAUCAGGAACUUCAGUGCUCCGUACAGUCUCUUGCAGAGACACUUGGUCGGAGAGGAGAACAGGAAGGGAGGUGAGGAGGAAGCCAGGCGUCCUCGCCCCCUCAUCACAGAACUGACCACCUCCUCCUUCCUGCCCUCCGUCAUGGAUCUUCAGAAGGAUGUGCUGCUGAUCUACUACACUCAGUGGUGUGGAUUCUGCUCCGUUCUCAACCACAUCAUCAUCCAUCUCGCCAGAUUGUUACAGGAAAACAGCACCAUCACUGUUGCCAGGGUGAAUGUAGCUCGCAAUGAUCUUCCCUGGGAGUUCAUGGUGGAUCACGUUCCCUCCAUUCUGCUCUUUCCCAGAUACAGAAAACAUAUGAGUGUAAAGUUUCCAGACGACCUUCCCAUCACGUUACCCAACCUCCUCCACUUCGUCCUGCAACACUCUGGCUCUGCACACGAUGCCGACAAACCGGUAGCAUCCUCUGUCAAGGCCGACGGUUCAGGAGCCGCCGCCGUCCUCCGCGCAGAGUUCCUGGCACUGCAGCGGGAAGUUCAGACGCUGCAUCACGCCCGCGAACGUCUCUCCCAGCAGCUGGCGCAGCUGUGGCGCGACAACCGGCGCCUGACAUUUGAAACUCUCAUCUUAGAAUCCCAGAACGCUGAGCUGCAGCGAGAGAGGCAGAGCCUGGAGGAGCAGCAUCAGGAGAAAAGCCGGCUGCUCGGGAAAGCGGUGAGACGCCUGCAGGAGCUGGCAGACACCUCGGAGAACCUGCUGAACGAGAACACGCUGCUCAGGAUCCUGCUGAGGGCGGUGAGGGACAGGACGGAGGAGCAGGAGCAGGAGGAGGAGGAGAGAAAGGAGCCAGAACAGAAAAGAAGCCAUAUGGCCUCUUGAACACACGUCUGCAGGGAAUCCCGAGGAGGAGAGAGCAGGAGAACGAAGGGAGGACUGGAAGGGAUGAGAAAGAAAGCUGUGAUUAGACCUGAGAGGAUGAAAUGAAACUGAAAUGAGGAGCUAAUGUAAAACCAAAAGGGCGACAACCUGGUAAAUUUCAUCACAAGAGAAAACAAGGAUGAAAUGACAGUUAUGAUCUGUGGUGAAAAAUGAAGACUGCCGCUGAGUCAGGAAACACGUAGCGAGCUGUGAUGAUGGAGGAUUUAUCCACUCGCAUGGACACUAGUGCGGGGAUUCAGUGCCAAAUGUCCAAGUCACGUGACUCACUUCUGAUUCUGCGCUUUGCAAAAACUUAAUGUCGACGGUGGAAGAUGUAACCUGAGUUAAACUUUCUAAAAAACACUCUGCAGCCAAACUCUCUGCCUUCGCUGAAUCACUGUCUGUCCUCAUCUGAGAGACGGUUUUCAGACAACGAGUCCAUGACCAUCACAAACCAAACUGAAUCAGGAGUGGAAACAAAGAUUUACGGUUAAAUAAACUAAUCUAAUAAAUUGAGGCGGGUCAAAUUAUUAUUACUACGACAGUUCAGAUGAUAAAUGAGUCACGUUCAUUUUUUUAACAGAAAUUAUAUUUUCAAACUCUUAAUUUAUUCCCGUCGUUUCCUUUUUGCCUCCUGAUGAGCGACUGUUAACACUUCCGGAUUUUUUUCAAAAUAAAAGCCUAGCUGUGAAAGAAAGCCUUUCCCUACUGUAAAAGUUCUCCAGGUGCAGAAGUGGUGUUUUUUUAUACUAGUUUAUAAAUUCCUGGUUUAAAUUUUUCCAGAUAAUUUUCUUAGGAUGAAUCGUAUAUUUUUCGUAUUAAUCACACGCAAAAUAGUGUCUUAUUAGUUGUUAAACUUCCAUUCAUUUCCAAAUGCAGAGUCGGCACAACCGGCAGGAAACUUUUAAAAUAUGAAGAAUUCUAAACAGAGUUUGGUGGAUUUGUUACAUCUGCAGGAUUUAGAGGAACCUCUCACCCGCCGCUUCACAAUCCUUUAAUUUAAUGCACAGUAGCAGGUGAGAGUUGGAGAGUUUGGCUGCAGAGUCAAAGGGCUACUAAUGAGGUUUAUUUAAGAGCACUUGAAAUAAUCAGCUGUUGUUUCUGUUUCUGUUUCUGUUUUUUGUUUUUUUUUUGACGGGGAAAUAAUUGUUUUGUUAAACUGAUCUAUUUUUCCAGGAAUCUUUUCAUCUCUGAGUCACUAAAAUAUUAUUUCUGUGUAACUAUUCAGGUAUUCAGAACAAGAUGCUGCAAUCGUUUACAUGUGAAAUAUUGCACCGGUUUUUACUGAUUAAAAAUCAACUCUUCUUA